ACAACGAGCUGGCAUGUAGCUCACGGCAUACAUCUCUUCAUCAUGAAUUCAAGCGGUGCAUUAUCAGAUGAUGAAGAAAAGAUUACUGUGUUGUCUUGGAUCUACGUCUCGACUUUGAGUUUAAGUCUGAUAGGUAGUUGCUCUGUCGUGGUGGUUUCCAUCAUAAAGAGAAGGCAUCUCAAUGAACAGGCAAAGCCUCUUCUUCAGCUGGCGCUGGCAGAUUUCCUGGCAUCACUUGUGUUGAUGAUCACCGCCAUAAUUAAUUUACCCAAUGAAAUUUGGCCGUUCAGUGAAAAGAUGUGCAACCUUGGAUUGCCUUUGUCUUUGGCCUUCUACUGCGUCUCGUUUCUGCUUGUCAUCAUUUAUGCCUGUGAGUCAGCACAUGCGUUUCAAGGAUGGAGGGAAAAACCAGUGCAGGAAGCUUUUGAAACCCAGUUAACACAGUUAUCACGCAGAAGGAGGAGGUUUUGUCUGACAUAUGUUAUUGCAUGGCUUGUACCAAUAAUUGGAUACUUCAUCUAUAUUCGUACCGUCAGUUAUAUGGAAGCUACUAUUACGCCAGCAGAGAUACCAACACUGACAACCGUCAGCAGCGGACCCACUGCCAGGUUCUGCAACAGCUGCAUUCUCUUCCUGCAUCCCACAAAUGAUUCCUGCAUAACAGUGGAUCCAGGUCAUGCUGAGUUCAUUCAAAUUUUCACAUUGAGCAGUGUGUUGAUCGUCAUCAUCAUCUGCACAGUGGUCUACUGUAAGUUAGAGAGCUCUUAUAGGCAUUAUGAGAACACAAGCAUGAUCACAAUGACACAGAGACAUCCAGGUGGGAUUUGGUCCUCAGCUCGAUACAUGAUCCUUGUUGUCAUAUUCUGCUGGGCACCAGCGCUGCUUCUCAUAUGUCUGUCUUUCACACAACUUAAGAUAAAACAUCUCUUCCCUCUCUAUGUCACUCAGGCGCUGUCAGUGUCACUCCAGGGUUUUCUGAACAGUAUUGUGUACGCAUGGAGACGACGCAAUUUCAGAGACGCCGUGCUUGGGGAACGUCUGCCUCUCAUGGCCUACUCUAACAGAGCCUUCUUUGACCAAUCAUUAAAUGAGCCAUCAUGA